AUGUUCCGCACAACUUUAAUGCGUACUGCCGUCAUGGCCUCCCGCGCUACAGCAAGACCUGUCGCCCGAAGAGCCCUUGUGUCCGCCAGAGCUGUCUUCACACCUGCGCCCCGACUAGUCGCCUUCAAGUCCGUACGAAUGUAUUCUGCUGGCGGCGCACCGAACAAAGAGGAGGUCGAAAGUCGCAUUAUGGAAAUUCUCAAGGGUUUUGACAAGGUCAACGACCCGAGCAACAUCAAACCUACUUCUCACUUCUCGAACGACCUCGGCCUAGAUAGCUUAGACACGGUGGAGGUUGUUAUGGCGAUAGAAGAGGAAUUCAGCAUUGAGAUUCCUGACAAGGACGCGGAUGCGAUCCACAGUGUCAACCAGGCUGUGGAAUAUAUUCUGAGCCAGCCGGAUGCGCACUGA